AUGGAAGGAGCAGCAAAUUAUCGAAUGAGUUAUGUUGAACCAGCUAGUGAAUUGAUACAGGAGGAAGAUCGUGAUACUCUCGUUUUAAAUCUUCCUGGGUUUAAGAAAGACCUGUUGAAAGCUCAAUUAACUAGUGAAUCCAGAAUCAUGAAGAUCAGUGGAGCAAGGCAACUUGAGGAUAACAGUCUAGCAGGGAAAAAAAACAGCAAACUGCAACCCUUAGAAACCCGAAAACCUCAAAAGCCCACAGAGGAGCCAUUCGAUGCUCCAGAGAAGAAUGGAGAACGAGCCAGCCAUAAAAACGUACCAAGUGAUGGUCAAAACAAGCAGAAUGGUACCAAGAAUGUUCCUGAGAAAUCACACGUGAAGGAAGAAACAAAAAAGCCAAGAACAAGCAGGCGAAAAGACCUUGGCAAAUUUCCUUCAAUCAUUCUUCUCGGCUUCUUCAGGGAAUCAAGUUCAAGAGUCAAGACUUCAACAAUCAACAGCGUAAACAUUUGUGAAAGCUCUUGUAGUGAGCAGAAUAAGUGGAUUUCUGUGAUUGACAGUUACUGGAAUUUGUUUUACAUCUGGAAGGAUAGCUAG